CAGACUCACAGAUAUGCGAAAACAAAAACAAACCGAAUCAAACCAAACGAUAAACAGUUUCUACACAAAAACAAACAAAUCGACAUAGACACAGACACAGUAACCCGUCUGCUCCGACAAAACUUUGAUCUCACUUUUCUCUAAACCCUCAACCAUUCACCGAUCUCAACAAAUGGGGUUUCAAAUGCACCUCGCCAGAGCCCCGAUUUGAAAUGCAGCCAAGUAAUUUCCACGCAUCACCAUUGGCGUUGAUUCCAAUUGCUUUCAAUCAUGCCAAUUUGAAUCCUGAAGGUUUCGAGCUUUCUAGGUUUUUCUUCUUGGGUUCGCUUCUAUUCUCUCAAGGAGGAGCCGGUGAUUGCGGUGGAGGUAUGGAUUUAUCAAAGGUUGGUGAGAAGGUUCUCAGUUCAGUCCGCUCCGCUAGAUCCAUCGGCUUCCUCCCUUCCACGUCCGAUCGCCCCGAGAUUCCACCUCGGGCUGCAACUGCAGCAACUUUAGCCCGUGCACUUGCUUCAAUCCCUCCCCAUCAUAGGCAAAGUCUCUCUUCAAGUUCUGAAGAACUGAGUUCAAUAUAUGGAAGCAGGCUUCCUCGUGGUCCAGUUGUGGAGGAGCUUGAAGAAGAAUUUUAUGAAGAGAUGUUUGAUCCUGUUCGCCACACUUUAGAGAAGCUUCCACCAGAAGAAAAUGAGCUCACAUAUUUUGAAGCUAAGGCUGCUCUUAGGUUAUUACAGCUGGAUAAAGUAACAGAAAGUCUGUCACGCCAAGUGAUGGAUCACCAUGAAGUAAUGGUGAAAGGAAUGCAUUUGGUAAAGGAGUUGGAGAAAGACAUGAAGGUUGCAAACAUCAUUUGCAUGAAUGGAAGAAGACACUUAACUUCUUCAAGAAACGAAGUAUCAAGGGAUCUUAUUGUUCACACAAAUUCUAGAAGGAAACAAGCUCUUUUGGACAUACUCCCAGUUUUAGCAGAGCUUCGUCAUGCACAAGACAUGCAAGUAGCACUUGAAACCCAUGUCAAUGAAGGGAACUUCUUUAAGGCAUUCCAAGUCUUGCCUGAGUAUCUUCAACUUCUUGAUGGUUUCUCAGAGCUUUUGGUCAUACAAGAAAUGAGUCGUGGUGUUGAGGUAUGGUUGGGUAAAGCUUUACAGAAAUUGGAUUCACUUUUGUUGGGAGUAUGCAGAGACUUCAAAGAAACAAGCUUUGUAACUGUGGUUGAUGCUUAUGCAUUAAUUGGUGAUGUUUCUGGUCUUGCUGAAAAGAUACAAAGCUUCUUUAUGCAGGAAGUUAUAUCUGAAACUCAUGGAGUCCUGAAAAAUAUAGUGCUAGAGGAUUUAAACACUGCUGACAUUCAUAACACUAGGUUUACAUAUAGUGAUCUAUGCACUCGGGUACCUGAAUCUAAGUUUAGGGAGUGUUUGUUAGCAACACUAGCUGUUCCCUUUCAAGUGAUGUGCUCAUAUCAUGCAAUCAUGAAUUUCAGUUCAAAUAGUAAGGUUCCAUUGGGGCAUUUAUCACCUACUAUGCACAAACAACACGAACGCACAAAUUCUUUCAAGAAUCUCCAACGUGCUGAUUCUAUUCCCAAGGAAGACAAUGAUUCUUUAACUCUCUCAAUGUCCAAUUCCGUUUCAGAACCUACAGACCGGAAUGGAAUCACCAAUUCCAUGGAAUCAAGGGACGAUGGAAGUGGAGCUUCAAGCAGUGGAUCUUCAUGGUUUCAGCUUCGUAGUGAUGCCACUACAUUUGUUUCACAAACAUUACUAAGAGGUCGAAGGAAUCUUUGGCAACUUACAACAAGUCGUUUGUCAGUUCUUCUUUCUUCUGAUGCAGUGGGGUCCACUAGCAUUCAUCAGUUUUUAAAAAAUUAUGAAGAUCUCAAUACCUUCAUUUUAGCUGGUGAAGCUUUCUGUGGAGCUGAAGCUAUUGAAUUUAGGCACAGAGUGAAAGCUAUUUGUGAAAGCUACUACAUGUGUUUUCAUCGCCAAAAUAUAUAUGCUCUAAAAAUGGUAUUGGAAAAGGAGAGUUGGUUUAUCAUCCCACCAGAGACAAUCCAAACAGUUAGUUUUGCAGGGCUUGUUGGUGAUGGAGCUGCAUUGAUUAUUCAAACUGCUUCUACUAAUACUUCAUCAUCUUCCCAAAAACCACCAGAUUUGGCAAAAAUCAACACUAAACAGAGUGGAUUUUCUCAUUGGAUUAAUACUGGAGAUCCAUUUUCUCCAAAAAUUGCUUCCAAGAAGUUUGAUGAUUCUUUAUCAGUAUUUCCAGACUCACCCAAGGGAAAUUUCAGUGAGGGAUGUUAUAGGAACAGUUUAUCUGUUGAUAACAGUGAUGUGAAUCAUAGCAAUGGUCAUGGUGAUCUUGAAGAUGAAAAUGAAGAUCUUCAUGCAGAUUUUAUUGAUGAAGAUAGUCAACUUCCAAGUAGGAUUUCAAAGCCGAAUCGUUCAAGAAAUCAGUCUUCACCUUGGAGUAAUGAAGAGAUGGAAGCACACACAGGAUCUUCAAUAUGUGUCUUGAGGGUGAUGGAUAAAUAUGCAAGGCUAAUGCAAAGAUUAGAUAUAGUCAAUGCUGAGUUUUUUAAGGGAAUAUGCCAACAUUUUGGGAUAUUUUUUCAUUUCGUUUUUCUAAGCUUUGGUCAAGUAAACACCAAUCCCAGUGGUAAUAAAGGAUUACACGACACUCUUAAUCUUCGGUUGAAAACAGCCCUAUCAAGAAUACGACGUGACUGCGAUCAGUGGAUAAAAUCUCCACCUCAUUCAUUCUCAACCUCUUCAUCUACACAUUUAAACAUGCCAUUAUCCCAUUCAGACAACUCACACAAUGGCAUGUCUUCAAAUCUUAAUCAUAUAACCAACACCUCUUUUGGCCUCAAGGAAAGAUGUGCAGGGGCUGACACUAUAUCUCUUGUGGCUCGAGUAUUGCAUAAAUCCAAGGCUCAUUUUCAAUCAAUUCUUCAGCAGAAUAAUGCAGUGAUUGUUGAAGACUUCUAUGUGCAUUUGGUUGGUUCAGUGCCAGAUCUUAUAGAGCAAAUUCAUAGAACAACUGCAAGAUUACUUCUUCACAUUAGUGGAUAUGCUGAUCGAAUUGCUAAUGCUAAAUGGGAAGUGAAAGAACUUGGAAUGGAACACAACGGGUAUGUUGAUUUGUUGUUGGGAGAAUUUAAGCACUACAAGACAAGGCUCGCUCAUGGAGGCAUUCAUAAGGAGGUGCAAGAUACAUUAAUAGGAUAUGGACUUGAAAAUCUUUCUGAAACAGUCGUUGAAGGGCUAUCAAAGGUGAAGAGGUGUACUGAUGAGGGUCGAGCUCUCAUGUCAUUGGAUUUUCAGGUUUUGAUCACUGGUCUACAGCAUUUUCUCACGAUUAAUGUUAAGCCGAAAUUACAAAGAGUUGAAACUUUUAUUAAGGCAUUUUAUCUCCCAGAAACCGAAUAUGUGCAUUGGGCUCGUGCUCAUCCAGAAUACACGAAAAGCCAAAUGGCAGGGCUAAUAAACCUUGUGGCCACCAUGAAAGGUUGGAAAAGGAAGACCAAAUCAGAGAUUCUAGAAAAAAUUGAGGCAGGAUCAUCAGGUUUAUAGCUACUAAUUUUAUUUCUCUCACUCUAUAUGAAGGUUAGCCUUCAAAAACCUUCAUUUCUUAACAUAUGUAUCCCAUUUUUGCUAUAUGAUUUGUUGUGUGUGUGUGUGUGUGUGGGUGUGUAUAAAUUUAACCAUAACUCAAGGUGCUAUAUCUUUUAUCUCUUAUUUGUAAUGUAGCACCUUCUUGAGUGAUUCCACAGUUAUUUUUAUUUAAACUUUACAAUGUAACCACAAAUUUUGAAUGAAACCACGAGGCGUACCGGGUUGUAUUUUA